UCGUGGUGCAGUUGAAGGUUCAAGCCGAGCUCAAUCCAACAUGGCAACCAGGUGGGGGAUCUGCAGCGCGGGCCGCAUCAGCCACGACUUCGCGGUGGCUCUGAAAACUCUUCCUGCUGAGGAACAUCAGGUUGUGGCUGUGGCUGCUCGAAAGCUGGAGGAUGCUGAGGAGUUUGCCAGAAAGCACAGCAUCUGUCGGGCGUAUGGCAGCUAUGAGGAGCUGGCCAGAGAUCCAGACGUGGACGUGGUGUAUAAUGGCGUAAUCCACCCUCACCAUCUGAAGACUUGUCUGCUCUUCACCAAUGCCAAGAAGAAUGUUCUGUGUGAGAAGCCGCUGGCCAUGAACACCAAGGAGGUGAAGGAGAUCCUGGACUCUGCAAAGAGGAACAAUGUCUUCCUGAUGGAGGCCGUCUGGACCCGCUUUUUUCCGGUCUCCGUGGAGAUCAGACGGCUUCUGGCUCAAAGGGAGUUGGGCGAGGUGAAGAUGGUCCGGUCCGAGUUCGGCAGACCACUGAUGCACGUGCCCAGGUUACUGCAGAAGGAGCUGGGGGGAGGAGCUUUGCUUAGCAUUGGCAUGUACUGCCUGCAGCUGGUGUUGAUGGUGUACGAUGGAGAGAAACCGGAGAGCGUCCAAGCCACAGGGGUCUGCUUGGAGACGGGAGUGGAUGAGACCGUGGUUGUCACUUUGAAGUUCUCCAAGAACCGAUUGGCGACCUUUACUUACUCCUCCCGGGUCGCGCUGCCAAACGACGCCAUUAUCGUAGGAACAAAGGGGACGAUUCACAUUCCGGAGAAGAUGUGGUGCCCCACAUCAUUGGUAGUCAACGGGGAGGAAAGACGUUUUCCAGUACCUGAACCCAGUUUGCCUCUCAACUUCCCUAACGGCACCGGUCUGCGCUACGAAGCGGAGGAGGUUCGGCUGUGUUUGCUCAAAGGCCUAAAGGAGAGCACCAUCAUGUCCCAUGCAGACUCCCUUCUGCUGGCUGAGUUGGAGGAUGAGAUCAGAAGGCAGGUGGGGGUGGUGUACAGUCAGGACUGUCAGUAAAUGCUGAACUUCCACUGUGGACAAAAAAAAAAAACACUUUCUAACAAUAAAUAAUUCCAUUGAUUUUUCUAUUCU